AACUUCAAACCGAUUGUCUUUUUUUCUGCCGAUUUGUGUUUCGCUGCACAUGUUAAUCGAUUUUCGUAGAUUUUAGGAAAAGUAGAGAAAAACCUCAAACGCAAUGGGUGCUAUAGCGAGCAGAUACCGCGUCUCAAACUCGGGGCUCACCAGCACCGACUUACAAAACAUAGAAAAUGCUAAUAAACGUGAAAAUCCAGGGACGUUGGAUGAAUUGCACAAAAAGACUAAAGAUGUGAUGCCAGUUAAUUUUGAAGGUGGCAAGCUUAUGGUAAAUAAGGGAAUAUCCAACCAUUUUCAGAUGUCCCACACCCUCACCAUGAGCUCAAUGCAGAACGGCUACAAACUGGGAGCAACAUACAUUGGCACUAAACAACUGUCACCCACUGAGGCUUUUCCAGUAGUACUGGGGGACGUUGACCCGGCAGGCAACGUCAACUUCAACCUCAUCCACCAGCUCACACCAGAGAUCAGAGUCAAGGGAGCUGCACAAGUGCAAGAGUGUAAGCUGUCAGCGACACAGGGCACACUGGAGUACAAGGGGUCAGACUACACUCUGGCGCUGGCGGUGGGCAAACCCGACUGCAGUGACAAGUCCUCUGUAUUCGUCGGACACUACUUGCAGGCGGUGACCCAGCGCUUGGCCCUGGGCGCCGAGCUGGUGUACCAGUCCAGCGCGAGGAUCUCGGGCGGGGAGAUCGCCAUAGCGUCCGCUGCGGCCAGAUACACCAUGGAUGACUCCGAGAUAUCGGCGACGGUGGGCGCGGCCAGUUUUCACCUCUGCUACUUCAAGCAGGCCAGCGAACAGUUACAGGUGGUGGCAGAAAUGGACACCUCCUUCCGAGGCAUGGAGUCUGUGGGCACCAUUGGCUACCAAGUCACCAUACCAAAGGCUGAACUUGUCUUUAGAGGCAUGGUAGACUCCAACUGGAACAUCGGCGCGGUGCUGGAGAAGAAGCUGCAACCGCUCCCGUUCUCCUUCGCCCUGUCGGGGAUGGCCAACCAGGCCAAGCAGCAGUUCAAGUUUGGCUGCGGACUGAUCAUCGGCUGAAGUGUAGUGUUCAGUGUGUGUGUGUGCCAGUGUUGACAGUGCCGAGUUACGGGAGUUCCUUGAAUGCUAGCGGUAACAACCAUAUAGAACAAUAACCUGCAAUAGAUCUUAGUUUAUGAAGGCAAAUGACAGUGAGUAUCGGAGUCAAAGUUCAUUUAUUUCAAUUAAGCUUAAACUGUAUAGCAGGCCGGAAUAGCAAAUUAUUCAUUGAUAACAAACUCUUGCUAUAUAAGGUAACUAGGUGGGUGCCCGUAACUUCGUCUGCAUGUAAUUCAGUUUUUCACAAAUCCCGCGGGAACCAUGGAUUUUUCCGUGAUGAAAAGUAGCCUAUGUGUUAAUCUUCAGUAAAAUCCAUUUUCAUCCCAAAUUUCAGCCAAAUCACUGCAAAAUUGACAAAGUUUCAUACAAACUUCCAUCCCCUAUUUUAUCCCCUUGGUAUUAGAAUUGGUCUAAAUCUUUUCUUAGUGGAUGCUUACGUCAUAACAUCUACCUGCAUGCCGAAUUUCAGCCCGAUCUGUUCAGAGGCUGUGCGUUAAUAGAUGACUCACAUGGUGAUCUAUCAACGUACAGCCUAAACCACUUGAGUUCUAUAUAUUUAGAUAUUGAAGUGGAUCUGGCUGUAUAGCAUCGAACUUUGGGAAAGUUCCAGCAACAUUAUUAUCCAUCCUGCAACGGUUCCCAAAACUUAAUUUUGAGAAGGAUCUGUAGUCUUCCGUGGUUUAUAAAGAAUGACAAGAUUCACAAGCAACUAAAGGUAAAAACUAUCAAUGAAGUGAUUGACUGUGUCUCGCACGGUACAAAACACAACUAAUGAGUCAUCCAAAUGUUCUGGCUUCUAAGUUUAUUCACCUAAAUUAAACAUAUAAAAACAAUGAGGGCAUAUUCUCACUGGGUAUACACUCAAAAAGCAAAGUUAUCACAGAACAUCUCCUUAUAGUUAUUUAGCUGAUUGCAGAUAAACCCAGAAGAAAAAAGUUUAUUAGGCUUACUUUAAAGCACUUUCAAAACGUCAGUUAAUAAUAUUAUUAAAUAAUAGGUUGAAAACCUAAAAUUAAAGUUACAUUACAUUAUUUAUGUUAUUAUUAUUAAUAUAAAUAAAGAAUAAUUAAUACCACCUUUACUCAAGGUACUCUUAACAUUAGGGUGUUUGUUUUAAGAAAAAAAUAAUAAAUAUUUCAUAGCCCACCUGGACUCGAAUCCCAGACCUCGUGAUCCAAGUCACAUAUACUAACCACUGGAUCUAUGAGGCAGUGAAAAAAGUAAUAGUUUAGUGGUAUGAUAAUUGUUUUUGAAUGGUAAUUCUCUCACAAAGAGAUAUCAUAGUGUACCAAGAAACCGACUAGCAUUCAAGAAACUCUCAUUCUGUAACUUAGCCAUAAGUGACUUCCAGUAGUCUCUCAAAUUAUUAUAUACUUCUUUUUUACUUUGAAUUCAAUAAUAUAAUCUUUACUGCGGACUAUGUUCCUUGAUUUACAUAGUAUCAUAACUGUACAGUGUUGUAAGUGAAUAUGCAGGAAACUAUUUAGUCCACUUCAUUUAAAUUUUAUAUAGUUACUUUAUCAGAUCUGCAGGCUAUAGCUUGGCAACUUCGUUCAUAACACUGCAGAUAUUUCACGCGAGGUAGCGAUGAAUAAAAAACCCACGACUUAUGCACGUCACUUCGCCGCACGCACGAUUUCACACCCCCGCAGUCUUCCCCCUGUCGCCCGCAUAUCAUGGAAGUGUUAUCAACAAACUUGCCAGACUAUAAUUCACUAACUUUGAUGUUAAACUUAGUUGACAUAUUGAGAAAGAUAUACUGUCAACCAAUACUUUCCUGCAAAAUUCAAAAUAUCCCUCUCACCUUUGUUGCCAUGAGAUAUUUUCGAUUCUGUAGCUAUUUGUCUACAAUAUGUACAUAUAUUUCUCUUUAUUAUAUCGAGAGCAUGCAUUACUUUUGUGACACCGAUAUAGUUUUUUUUUUCUAAAACUGGUGCAUUAAUUUCACUGUUUAAAUGUAAAAUUUGUGCCGCGAUAAUGCUUGCGCCAAUUCGCUAUUCGCCAUGUUGUAAUAUCAAUAAUGGUUAAACCAGCAUUGGAUAGCCCAAAGAAAUGUCUUUAAAAUAUAGUUUUGUUAAUUAUUAAUUAUACAAAAUAAACUUUUGAUAUUGACAGAACCAUGCUAUAGCUUUUACACUAUUAUGUUAAUAACAACUAGUUACUACAAUAGUAUUAAAUCAAGUUUCGUGAAAUAAAUUUGCAUCAUGAAACUUGUACUGUAAUUUUAGCUUAAAAGUAGUUUGUAUUUUGAAUGACAGAUUUUUAAACACACCAAAGCAUUACCUGUCUAAAGUCAACAUACAAUUCUUCUGUAGGCAUUGACCUCUUAUAAUAAAAGGACGCACAAUCAAGUAGAAAAUUUCAUUUAAAAACUGGCCAAUUUUUAAGUUUUAGAAUUAUUGGUAAAGAAAAUUAUACCUAAAGGCCUUUAAAUAUAGUUCAAUAUUCAAUAAAAUCCCAAAUUCGGAGCAAAUUCAACCUUAAGUAUUGUUGAUAAAGUUGAAUUUGCAAAAACAACUACUUGAAUUGAGUGCCAAAAAGUUGUGUUUGGCACUCAUUGAGUGGGGACGUUUUUUGAUCGCUGAUUAUGCAUCCACUUUUUAAUAGGUGAUUGAUUCCUAUAGGACAUAUUGAUCAUAACUAUUUACAUGUAAAUAUACAAAUUUUACACAAUUUAAUGUAAAAAUUUGCAAGUUUGAUAUGGUUGCUGGUUAAAUGACUGGCACACAAUAAUAUCAAAUGCUGUAUUUGCAAAUUAACAAUAUUUUAUUUCUUAAAUGAAUACUUUAUGUAUUAUUUUUUCACUGCUAAACACCAGUUAAGCAUUUAUGAAGAAAUUGAUUCUCUAUGGUUACAUCGUAAAUACUUAAUUUUUAAUUAUUAUAUGUAUGAUGUAUUUUUAUCAAUAAAUUAAAGCAAUUUCUUACAAAAUUAUCUGUUAUCUGUGAUGUUAGAAAAAAAAAGUAUAAGCAAACUAAAAACACAUUGUGCUUUUUUAUUGUCUAUGAAUGAACACUAAAUAUAUUCAUAGACACUAAACAUAAAUGACACUCAGAAGAUAUUCGAUUUUGAAGUGAUUUUCUUAUCAUAAUAUAUUUUUUACUAAAUGGAUACUUCUAAUAUAUAGCCUUUAGCCUUCCUCGAUAUCUAUGAAACACUGAAAGAAUUUUUCGAAUCGAACCAGUAGUUCCUGAGAUUAGCCCGUUCAACCAAACAAACUCUUAAGCUUUAUAAUAUAAUUAAUACAUUGAUAAGGAUGUACAUACACAGACAACACAGCAAAUUAAAUUUGUUAUUUAUAGUAUGUAGAGACCUAAUUGUAUGUAGUUCAACCAUUGACCUCUUAUUAUAAAAAGACGCACAAUCGUGUAGAAAAUUUCACUUAAAAACUGGCCAAUUUUGCUUUGACAAUUUUAGAAUGUUUGGUAAAGAAAAUUAUACCUAAAACCUUUAAAUAUAGUUAAUAAAAUUCCAAAUUCAAAGCAAAUUCAACCUUAAGGAUUGAGUUUUAGGUUGAAUUUGCAAAUGGGACUACUUGAAUUGAGAGCCAAGAAGUUGUGUUUGGCACUCAUUGAGUGGGGAUGUUUUUUGGUCGUUGAUUGUGCAUCCACUUUUUAAUAGGAUCAAUGAGUGAACUGAUUCAUUUAAUGAUUCAACCAUAAACUAUAGAGUGAUCAAUUUCUGGAAAUAAUAAUAAUUGACGUCCUCUGGAAAUGCGUUUGUAAUUCACAUAAUGAUAAUAAUGGUUUAAUUGUAUGAAUGUAGAUAGGAAUGGUGUACUGUACAUAGGAGCCUGUUGUUAAACUGUUUAUUUUUAAUAGAGUUAUGUUAAUAAAUCAAA